AUGCCGAAAUCUAGAAUCCCUUCACCCUCUUCGUCAUCUGAAGCAACAAGUCCUAAACGAACCAGACAUAUCUCACCAAAUCGAGAUCCCAAACCAGUAGUAGUAGCUGAUACAUUUGAAACCGAAGCAUCUCGUCAAGUCAAAGCAACAGCUGGAUUACUUCCACAACAAGAUAUAGCUGAAGGAGAACAAGUCACUUUAUCACAUCAAGUCCGACAUCAAGUUGCUAUUCCACCCACCUAUCCUUACGUACCUAUCUCAGCUCAUAAACCACCUAUCAAUCCAGCUAGAAGUUAUCCUUUUACACUUGAUCCAUUUCAAAAAGUAUCGAUCUCUUCAAUCGAAAGGAAUGAAAGUGUUUUGGUUUCAGCUCAUACAAGUGCUGGUAAAACUGUAGUGGCCGAAUAUGCAAUUGCUCAAUGUUUGGCCAAUAAACAAAGAGUGAUCUAUACUUCUCCUAUCAAGGCACUCAGUAAUCAAAAAUACCGUGAAAUGACCGCCGAGUUUGGUGAUGUGGGAUUGAUGACAGGUGAUGUCACAAUCAAUCCGAGUGCUUCCUGUUUGGUGAUGACAACUGAGAUUUUACGGUCUAUGUUAUAUCGAGGUUCUGAGAUCAUGCGAGAGGUUGCAUGGGUGAUCUUUGAUGAGAUUCACUAUAUGCGAGAUAAGGAACGAGGUGUGGUGUGGGAAGAAACCAUCAUUCUAUUACCUCACACCGUGCGCUACGUCUUUCUUUCAGCCACGAUUCCCAACGCGAUGCAAUUUGCAGAAUGGAUAUGUAAAACACACGAUCAACCGUGCCAUGUGGUCUAUACCGAUUUCAGACCUACUCCACUACAACAUUAUCUUUUUCCUGCAGGUGGUGAUGGAAUUCAUUUAGUAGUGGAUGAGAAGAGUGUUUUUCGUGAAGAUAACUUUAUGAAAGCUAUGGGCUCACUGAAGGAUUCAAAAGGAGAAGAUCCGGCUAGUGCUAAUUCAGGUCGAAACAAACAAGGCAAAACUAAAAAAGGUGGUACCAAGGGUCCUUCUGAUAUUUAUAAAAUCGUGAAGAUGAUCAUGGUAAAGAACUAUAACCCGGUAAUCGUUUUUGCUUUCUCCAAACGUGAAUGCGAGGCACUGGCUUUACAAAUGUCGAAACUUGAAUUCAACUCAACAGAAGAAAAGGAUACUGUCGAAACGGUUUUCAAUAAUGCGAUUUCAGGUCUUUCUGAGGACGACCAAUCUUUACCUCAGAUCGCUCAUAUUCUUCCACUCUUAAAGAGAGGUAUUGGUAUUCAUCAUGGUGGUUUACUACCUAUCUUGAAAGAAGUCAUUGAGAUUUUGUUCCAAGAAGGUUUGAUCAAGGUUCUAUUUGCAACUGAGACUUUCUCUAUCGGACUUAAUAUGCCAGCCAAGACUGUAGUUUUCACAACGGUACGAAAGUUUGAUGGUAAAGAUUUUCGAAGUUUAAGUUCAGGAGAAUAUAUUCAAAUGUCAGGUCGAGCUGGAAGAAGAGGAUUGGAUGAUCGAGGAAUUGUGAUUAUGAUGUGUGAUGAACAAUUGGAACCCACCGUAGCUAGAAAUAUGGUAAAAGGAGAAGCUGAUCGAUUAGACUCGGCAUUUCAUCUUGGUUAUAAUAUGAUUCUUAACUUGAUGCGAGUCGAAGGUGUAAGCCCGGAAUAUAUGCUCGAACGAUGUUUUUAUCAAUUUCAAAGUAGUGAUCAACUUCCAGUACUUGAAAAUGAGAUUCGAGGUCUACAAGCUGCCCGAGCUGAGAUCACCGUUCCGCACGAAAGCUUAGUAAAGGAAUACUACGACAUACGGCACGAAUUAAAUAUUCAAAACCAAGAUUUACGUGAAGUUAUCAAUCAUCCAACUUAUUCAUUACCUUUUCUUCAACCUGGUCGACUUGUCAGAGUCAAAUUCGGCGAAAUUGAUUAUGAUUGGGGAUGUGUAGUGAAUUUUCAAAAACGACUUGGUGAUCGAGGCAAACCACUGGGUCCAGACGUACCGGCUCAACAGACUUUUAUAGUCGAUGUACUUUUACACAUUGCUUCUGCACAGGAAGUUCAAAAGGGGAAGGGUACGCUGGGAGGUUCGUCAAAUUUUGUUAAACCUUGUCCAGAAGGAGACGCAGGGGAAUUUGCAGUGGUACCAGUGUUACUAUCUACCCUAGACGGUAUCUCUCGAAUUAGGAUCUUCUUACCCAAAGAUCUCAAGCCCCUGGAGUCUCGCCAGACAGCAUUAAAGGCAGUAAAAGAAGUUAAGAGGAGGUUCCCAGAAGGAAUUGCAUUACUUGAUCCAGUAGAAAAUAUGGGAAUUCAAGAUGAAGAAUUUCAUAAAUUACUUAAAAGGAUUGAAACAUUAGAAUCUAGCUUAAAGAAUCAUAAAUUAAUUAAAGAAGACAAAUUAAGUGAAUGGUAUGAAUUGUAUUCUAAAAAAGAACAAAUCUCAAAUUCGAUUAAACUUAUACGACAUAAGAUUUCCGAUACUCAUAAUGUGAUUUAUAUGGAAGAUUUAAAGAAUCGAAAAAAAGCGUUAAGAAGACUUGGGUUUAGUAAUAAAGAUGAUGUGGUUGAAAUUAAAGGAAGGGUUGCAUGUGAGAUUAGUUCGGGUGAUGAGUUGUUAUUGACGGAAAUGAUUUUCAAUGGUGCUUUUAGUGAAUUAACACCUGAGCAAUGUGCAGCAUUACUUAGUUGUUUUGUGUUUACCGAAAAAAGUGAACAGAUUACGAAACUUAAGGCUGAAUUGGAAGGACCUAUGAAGAAGAUGAAAGAAGCGGCUACUAAGAUUGCACAUGAGAUUAAAGAAGCUCAUAUUGCGAUUGAUGAAGUUGAAUAUGUAAAUUCAUUUAAAACCGAAAUGAUGGAUGCAGUUUAUAAUUGGUGUAAAGGAUCUACAUUUGCUGAGAUAUGUAAAAUGACGGAUAUCUUUGAAGGUUCAUUAAUUAGAUGUUUUAGAAGAUUACAAGAAUUGAUUAGACAAAUGUCAAUGGCAGCCAAAGCGAUUGGAAAUGUUGAAUUAGAAGAAAAAUUUAAUCAAUCACUUGAAAAAUUAGAAAGACCAUUAAGUGUAGUAUUCAAUCCUUCUUUGUACCUUUGA